UUGUUUUCAGGCAAAUUUUGUCAUCAGGCCGUGGAAGUUUACUCGGAUAUACGGCCUGAUCCUUCGCAGGCUAUAGGCAUUCCCAGCGCUCUUACCUUACAUCCUCAGUUGAAAAUACCACCAAAGUAUGGCUGUAAACACAAUCGGUGCAAAAAUGGGGCCAGCUGUCAGGCCGAUCAGUCCGCGAUCGGCUACCAUUGUCUGUGUCUGCCAGGCUACGCAGGUGCAUUUUGUGAAAAACUUUUAUCCAUCACUUUGCCAAAUCUGAAAUCCUAUUUGGCCGUAGAGCCAAUAAGCCGGGGAGCUCUCAUUCCACGAGGAAACCUCAGUCUGGUCUUUUCAACCCUCGAACGGCAGGGAGUCAUUCUCUACUUUACCGAAGGCACUGACGAGGCCAUGCUAGGGACAGGUAUUCACGGAAAGCAGAGAUCGCCGAGUGAAAUGAACAAUCGAUAUUUUGCGGCCGAAAUUUAUCAGGGUCACGUGAAACUGAGUUAUGCUCUCGGUGCGAGAUCCACAGCAGUGGGCUAUUCUACCGCAAAGGUCAACGACGGUAACAGACACCAGCUUGACAUUAUAAUACAGGGAGAAAGUGCGGAGAUGUACGUCGACGGAAGCCGCAACGCUCUUAUCCAGGCGACGAAUAUAGAGCGAAAGUUUGAUCCUACCUUUGCAAGCUCUAACGCCGAUGCUAAGUCGCGCGAAGCCAGUCCACGUCCGCUUGCCCUGUCUCGGCGCAUUUACCUCGCCGGUGGUCCAAACGAUCUCCUCGCGACGGCCAGAGCGGCGGGCAGCAUCAUGGAGGCCUCGGGCUUGACAGGUACGAUAGAAAGUAACUAUACAAACAAAUAUACAUAUAAAAGAAAAUAUGCAGUUAAAAUUAAAAAAAAAUUACCAAUAGGAAUAAUAGUAAAUACUUCCACAAAUAACUGUAUAAAUAAAUACGUAUAA